UAUAUAACCCUAACCCUAACCCUAAGAGUAAAAUCUCGUUUUCUUCUUUUUAUCAUCAUUUCCUAUAAUGGCAGAAGAACCUUCACAACCUCCCUCCGCUGUAGAAAGCCUAUCGUUCGAAGCAUUAAUUAUCGAUGAGAACAAAAGUUCUCCCAACUUGCCCGGCGGUCCUAAUGACUCUAAUAUUGAAACGGAGGUUAACUCGGGGUACUCUCCUUACACAUCUGCCGCAACAUUCGAAGAGCUUUCCCUCUCUCCGGAGCUACUGAAGGGACUCUAUGUGGAGAUGGGGUUUAUAAAGCCUAGCAAAAUUCAAGAAAUAACCUUGCCGAUGAUUCUUAACCCUCCACAUAAGGAUUUGAUUGCACAGGCACGUAAUGGUUCUGGUAAAACCACUUGUUUUGUCCUCGGAAUGCUCAGUCGUGUUGAUCCAAACAUGAAGGCUCCUCAAGCUCUCUGCAUAUGCCCUACUAGAGAGUUAGCUAUUCAGAACAAUGAGGUUCUCCAAAAGAUGGGAAAGUACACGGGCAUUAGUUCGGAACUUGCAAUUCCUAGCAUGGACAAAAUUCCACCAUCAAGACGGCCACCUAUUAUGGCUCAGGUGGUUAUUGGUACUCCUGGCACAAUUAAUAGCUUGAAGAAUCAUAAGAAACUCGGGGUGACGAGGUUAAAGAUUCUCGUUUUUGACGAGGCUGACCAAAUGCUUGCUCAGGAUGGGUUUAAAGAUGAUUCUCUAAGGAUAAUAAAAGAAGACUUAGGUUAAAAUGAUAUGGGUAAGAUGAUGGUGACCAAGGAUUGGCUUGUGUUUCUUCAGGUUCUUUUGUUUUCUGCUACAUUUGAUGACACUGUCAAGAACUUCGCUACAAGGAUUGUUGCGAAGAAGGAGCAUAAUGAAUAUUUUGUGAAGAAAGAGGAGCUAUCUUUAGAAGCAGUGAAGCAGUACAAAGUGAAAUGUACCGAUGAACUCGCUAAGAUUGAAGUGAUUAAAGAUUAUAUAUUCGAAUUAGGAGAGAAUGUGGGGCAAACUAUUAUAUUUGUGCGCACUAGAAACAGUGCAAAAAUGUUGCACAAAUCUCUUGUUGAUUUUGGCUAUGAGGUUACUUCCAUACAAGGUGCUCUUCAAACUGAAGAGAGAGACACAAUCAUCAAGGAAUUCAAAGAUGGUUUGACUCAAGUUCUUAUCUCAACCGACGUUCUUUCCCGUGGCUUUGAUCAGGAUCAGGUCAAUUUGGUUAUCAACUAUGAUCUUCCCCUCAAGUACACUCGUGGCCAAGAACCGGAGCCUGAUUGUGAGGUCUAUUUGCACAGGGUUGGAAGGGCUGGGAGAUUUGGGCGCAAGGGGGCUGUAUUUAACUUGAUAUGCCAUGAAAGUGAGCAAAUGGUCAUGUCAAAGAUUGAAGAACAUUUUGGCAUCCAUGUAGAAGAGGUGCGAGAAAAAAGUGUUGGAGACUAUAAAAAUGCUCUUAAGAAAGCUGGUUUACUUUACUGAUGUGAAUCUCCAAAAGUUGAAGGAUGUUGAUGCUAUGUUUGAUUCCUGAAGAGUGGCCAUUUCUAUGAUUCUCUAUUUAAGUUUUGGGGAUGGAUAGCUCCUCUUCAGUUCUUAUAUAAUUUUGUGGUACUCCAAGUGAUUGGUAGUGUCUGGGUGCUAACAUAGUUAGGAUGUUAGAUGUUACAAAUCACAUUUGCAAUUAUCAACCAAAAAAAAAGGAAAAGUUCUAUUUGCUAUAAUAGUGUCCCUUUCAGGAGGCCCGUUUCUAAGAUGUUGGUGGCCUGGGCGAAUCCACAAUUUAGACCCUAUGAAUAUUUAUAGAUGC